GGCCGAAAUUAUUACAUCAGUUGUCCAUAGCAGAAAGUAUAAUCAAGAUUAUGAAACCAAUGUUAUCAUUGCUACUACAAUGCUCUCUUUUGCGCUAAGUUCUAUUCUGACCGGUGCCGUGUUUUGGAUAAUGGGUGCUUUAAAACUUGGUUCUUUGAUUGAAUUUUUUCCUAGGCACAUUUUAGUCUCCGUGCGUCUUGAUAAAAAUUUAGAGUUUUCCCUUGAUACGCUUAACGAACUUUUCCUCCAUGGCCAUAACUUUGCCUUAUGGGGUUCAGCAUUAGGCUUGGCUAUACUUUUGAGGAUAAUUCAAUCCAAAAUUCAUCAUUGCCUUGUUGUUCCAAUUUAUUUUAUGGUUGUUCCUGUUUUAUUCUAUAUCACUAUUUUCAUAUGCAAUUUCUCAUGGAAAGUUUUAAGAGAUGAAAAAUGGGUUUUUGAAUUACCUGACAGUGAAGCUCCCUGGUAUAAUUAUAUUGGCCGGUUUGCUUUGGGUGUAUCACUUAAUGAAGAUAAUGUGGAUACCAAUCGUGAAUUGGUUGCUCAUGGAAUAUCAAACAUUGCAUCCGGAUUAUGUGGCAGUGUUCAAAAUUAUUUGGUGUAUACUAAUUCUGUAUUAUUCAUUAAAUCUGGUGGUGAUAGUCGCGUUGCUGGGUUAAUGCUUGCUGCUGGAACUGCGGUUAUUCUUUUUGUGGGUCCCUGGAUUGUUGGUUACAUCCCAGUAAUGGUAGUUGGUGCUCUUAUUUUUCAUCUUGGAUUAGACUUAUUAAAAGAGGCUUUGAUUGAUACUUGGGGAAUUGUCAAUCGCAUGGAAUAUUUUACCAUUGUUGCCAUUGUUGUUGCUAUGGGUUCUCUUGGUUUUAUUGAAGGAAUUUUCUUAGGAAUUAUAAUGGCAUGCAUAUUUUUUGUGGUUUCAAACUCUCGCAAGAGUGCGAUACGUGCUACCUUUUCAGGAAGUUCGAUUUCAUCUACUGUUAGGCGUCGUUAUCGUCAACAAAGGUUUCUUAAAUAUGUUGGUAGUCAAAUUUAUGCAAUCAAACUCCAAGGUUAUUUGUUUUUCGGAACAAUUAGUGGUGUAGAAAAAGAAAUUCGAAGAAUAUUAACAUAUGGUGAAUGGAGAAGAAAUCCAAUUCGUUUUCUGAUUCUGGACUUUAAUCUUGUUAGUGGUUUGGAUUUCAGUGCUGCAGAAGCAUUUUUCAGAAUUCAAAGGCUUUUACAAGUUAAAAAAGUUUAUCUAGUAUUUUGUGGUGCAUCUUAUCAUUCUGAAGUGGGAAAGGCUCUUAGAGCUAUUGGAUUGUGGAGAGAUGAACCAUAUAAUCCUGAUAACACUUUACUUAUUUAUGAAAACUUUAAUGAGGCACUUGAACAUUGUGAGAAUAUGUUGCUACAAGCAUACUAUGAAAGUGUAUCCUCAUUAAUUACAAAUCAGGAUGUCUAUAGUAGUGCAAUGCAACCCAUACAGAAUAGACCAUCUGGUGAUAUUUCGGAGAUAUCCUCUCCACGUGGUGCUCAGAUUAAAAGAAUGGGAGGAAGUUUAUUACUGCCUG